AUGGGCCUCCCUGGUGGCGGCGGCGCGGCGCUGCUACCCGGCGGGGGCCACCGGCUGGUGGAGCCAGCGGUCAGGGAGGAGUUUGACGUCGGCGGCAAGGGUUCGCUGCCCGAUGGCGGCUGCUGGUGCGCGACAUGUGGAUGUGCGACCUGGAGCCCGUGGCGCGGGCAGCAGCAGCAGCAGAUGUGCGUCAUCGGCAUGGUAUUGCACCAAUGGGUGGCAAGUGCUGCUACGGCUUCCGAGGGCGCCACCUCGGGGAGCCUUGGCGGCGCGAUGGGGGCCCAGCAGGGCCAGGAGCUGCUCCGCCUGCUACGGGGCGCAGGGCAGCCGUGUCAGGACAUCGCGCACGACGUUGACGGCAGCGGAGCCGAGCAGUCGGUGGCGCCCGUGGACUGCAGCGUGGUGCACUUGCAGGAGUCGGUCGUGCGCAACACUGGCGGCGCACGUGGUGCGCGGCGCGGGCCCGCUGAUCGGCGUCCGAAGGCCGCGGUGGGCAAGGACGUGCCGAAGACGAAGGGCGACGCGGCGGCCCAGAGCCAGAUCCAGGAGCAGCUCGUGGAGGCCGUGCGUCCCAUCGACAUGGAGCGCAUGAGCGGCGAGGUCGGCGACGGCUGGCGGCGCAUGCAGGGCAGGGGCAAGCGGGCGGGCCGCUGGGAGGCGGCGCAGGAGCUCGCGGCACGCUCGGCAGAGGCGCGGGCCUCGGCCGAGGCCGUGCGGCAGGCGGACGCUGCGCGUGCCGCUGCUGCUGGCGUGGUGCAGCGCUGCUGGCGCGGCUGGCUGGGGCGGCAGGCGGCUGCUGCGGCGCGCGGUGCGCGUGCGGCGCGUGCGGCGGCUGCGCCCUCGCCGCCGCUGGCGGCAGCCCCUGCCAUCAAGACGAAGAAGGGCAAGAAGGCCAAGCAGGGCGCGGAGUCGGACGUGAUCCUCACCGAGGCCAUUCGCGUCGCUGAGCGUGAGGCCGCCGAGCUGGCCAGCGCGGCCCUGAAGCUCGUGAAGCGCGCGGUGGUGGCCGCUCUCGGCAGGCUCCGUGACGGUGCCCAGCAGGCGCUGGGCCGAGGCAGCUCCACGACCCUGGACGAGCAGGAGUGGGGCACGAGGUUCCUGGACGGCGAGUUCGCCGAGGACAGGGACAAGGCCGUCUGGGUGCAGGUCGUCGCGGGCGCCGAGAAUGCCCGUGGUUCCGACAGCGACGACUCUGGCUGA